AUGAAAAUAUUUUCCCUAAUUUUUUUCCUGGCUUUCUCAAAAUUCCAAAUCGUAACUAGUGGGAGACUAGCUCUCGAAGCCGCCCAAAAAUUCGAAAACGGUUUGGAAGUUAUCGCAACUCAUGAGCAAUUUUGGAAAGAGUUGCUAGCAUUUUUCACAGAAGAUUUUGUGUUCAUCGAUGAUUCCAAGGAGAAUUUUACAGCUUGUGAGUGGACGCGGAAAGAUUCCGCAUUCAAAAUUAUAUUAAAUUAAUUGCAGUUCAAUACAUCGAUCUUCUGAGUUCCCGAAAUACCAGCGAUCUUUUCGGGCCGAUAAAAGAGGCAGAAUUCGAUAAUUCUGCAAAUCUUCUUGUUCUUCAUAAUGAAGAAGGAACUUUAUAUAAAUCCAAUUAUAUACAAGCUCCAGAAAUUGAUUUACAAUGGAAAAUUGGGAAAAUUGAAGUUUUUCAGGGAGUUUGGUGA